AAAACCAUAAAACCGAAAUACUCGACACUCUUUGCUCCUCUUUCUACUCCCUCUUCUGCACCUCACUGUUACUCCCUCCUUUCAAGCAGAAGAAUAUCUCUCUCUACACACGCCGCCAUGCCUUCUCUUCCUCUCUCUGACGCUGAAGCCACUCCCAAAGAUAUUACUAAUAAGAAACACAAAGCCAAGAAAACCAAAAACCAAUCCAUAACCGAACCCAUACUCCAUUCCAACCCCGAAGAUGGGGUUUCGGGGAAGAAGAAGAAGACGAAGAAGCGCAAGGCUUCAGACUUAGAGGCCAUGACGAUCGACGAGACUAGUUCCGACCUGGACGAGAAUAACAAUAAGAUGAAGAAAAAGAAGAAAAAAUCCAAGUCGGAGGAACCUUCAUUAAUGCAACAGGAACAAGAACUAGAACGAGAAAAGAGGAAGGACGAUCCCAAUGCGGUUUCCAAAUUCAGGAUUUCGGUGUCGUUGAGGGAAAAGUUGAAGGCAAAGGGAAUCGAAUCGCUCUUUCCCAUUCAAGCCAUGACUUUCGAUACCAUUCUCGAUGGUUCUGAUUUGGUUGGUCGGGCUCGCACCGGUCAGGGUAAAACUCUGGCCUUCGUGUUACCCAUAUUAGAGUCUUUAACGAAUGGUCCUGCAAAAGCGUCCAGAAAGAUCGGCUAUGGGAGGCCUCCGAGCGUUCUUGUGCUUCUACCUACUAGGGAAUUGGCUUGUCAGGUGCAUGCUGAUUUUGAAGUUUAUGGCGGUGCAAUGGGGUUGACUUCUUGUUGUUUAUAUGGUGGAGCUCCGUAUCAAAGUCAAGAAAUUAAGCUAAAGAGAGGUGUUGAUAUUGUUAUUGGCACACCAGGUCGAGUAAAGGAUCAUAUAGAGAGGGAAAAUAUUGACCUGAGCCAACUAAAGUUUCGUGUCCUUGAUGAAGCAGAUGAGAUGCUGAGGAUGGGUUUUGUUGAAGAUGUUGAAUUGAUUCUAGGUAAGGUAGAAAAUGUUAGUAAAGUUCAGACACUUCUUUUCAGUGCUACUUUGCCAGACUGGGUUAAGCAUAUUGCAGGAAAAUUUCUGAAGCCAGAUAAGAAAACUGCUGACCUUGUUGGAAAUACAAAAAUGAAGGCUAGCACCAAUGUUAGGCAUAUUGUUCUUCCUUGUACAAGUGCUGCCAGGUCCCAGCUUAUCCCGGACAUUAUUCGCUGUUAUAGCAGUGGAGGCAGGACUAUUAUAUUUACCGAGACAAAGGAGUCAGCUUCUCAGCUUGCAGGGAUGUUGCCUGGAGCAAGAGCUCUCCAUGGUGACAUACAACAGGCACAACGUGAGGUUACUUUGUCUGGCUUUAGGUCUGGGAAAUUCAUGGCAUUGGUUGCCACAAAUGUGGCAGCUCGUGGGCUGGAUAUUAAUGACGUUCAGUUAAUUAUCCAGUGUGAACCCCCAAGGGAUGUAGAAGCCUAUAUCCAUCGUUCUGGCCGCACAGGGAGAGCAGGUAAUACUGGGGUUGCUGUUAUGCUUUAUGAUCCAAAAAGAUCAAAUAUAUCUAAAAUAGAAAGAGAAUCUGGCGUGAAAUUUGAACAUAUAUCUGCCCCCCAGCCUGAUGAUAUUGCCAAAGCUGUUGGUGGUGAAGCUGCUGAAAUGAUUACUCAAGUGUCUGAUAGUGUGAUUCCUGCAUUCAAGCCUGCUGCUGAGGAGCUUUUAAACAGUUCUGGUUUAUCAGUUGUUGAAUUGCUUGCAAAGGCUCUUGCCAAGGCCGUUGGUUAUACUGAAAUAAAGAAAAGAUCCCUUCUCACUUCCAUGGAGAACUAUGUUACAUUACUUCUUGAGAUUGGAAGACCAAUAUUUACCCCAUCUUUUGCGUACGGAGUCUUGAGGAGAUUCUUGCCUGAAGAGAAGGUUGAGGCAGUGAAAGGUCUUUCACUCACUGCUGAUGGAAAUGGUGUUGUUUUUGAUGUACCAGCUGAAGAUUUAGAUACAUAUCUUACUGGUCAGGAAAAUGCCUCGAAUGUGAGUUUAGAGGUGUUGAAAACAUUGCCACGUUUGCAACAGAGAGAUCAAUCAAGAGGUGGUAGAUUUGGUGAUGGCGGUGGUCGAAGUGGGUUUGGUGAUAGAAGUGGGGGAAACAGGUUUUCAGGGGGAAGAGGUGGGGGUGGCGGCGGCAGAAAUGGUAGAUUUUCAAACGAUAGAUUUUCCAAUGGUGGUGGGAGAGGUCGUAGCAACUGGGGUGGAAAGAGAUGGUGAAGCUGAUAGGGAGCUAGGGACUUAGGGAGUUCAAUUCAUUGUUUUUUUGUUCCAAGUAGGAGCAUAACUGCAUGCGGUGCCGUGGAGACUACAACAUUAAUUCUGGCCGACGAAAUAUUUUAUGUUGUUUCAUAGGCUAUGGAGGAUCCAAUUUCAGAUGGAUUCAACUUGUCCUCGUUAACACAUUUUUUUUUCUGGUAUAGUAUUCUUUAUGUUUUAUUGCUUUGCUAUUGAUACCGCUUUCUUUAUUUAUUCCUGACUGGGAAGUGUAAGAUCAGAAUUUUAUAAUACAUGAGAAUGGGAAUGGUAAAGGAAAUUUUCUCUCUCUUU